CACAGCUGGAAACCACUUCGCCAGCCACGAUGCUGAUUUCAAAAGCUGAAGCGGCUCUCUUGCGCCCCCAUCUCCACCCAAUUCUCGCAAGAUCUUCUCUAUCUUGGCAGCAAGAUCUUCUCCGCUUGGGCUAAUAGUAACUCUUUCAAACUCAGCAUUGCAAUUGCGUCCCAUGGCGGAAUUAUCUGUCAAUGCAGACGCCUAUCGGGCGCUGCAUGCCGACAAGAAAGAAGACUCUUUGAAGCUGUACGGCUCGUGGUUCUGUCCCUUUGUGCAGAGAUCGUGGAUCACGCUAGAGGAGAAGAAGGUGGACUACGAGUACAUUGAGAUUGAUCCGUACGCAAAGCCUCCAGAGUUGAUGAAACUAAACCCAAGGGGGUUAGUGCCGACCCUGGACCACAACGGCCGGGCGCUCUACGAGUCGCUGAUCGUUUCUGAGUACGUGGAUGAGACGUGGCCGCACGAGCCGAAGCUUCUGCCAGACGACACGUUCAAGAAGGCCGUCGGACGCAUCUGGAUCGACCACAUCAACAAGAAGAUCGUGCCGACCUUUUAUAGGAUUCUCCAACUAAGGGACGCCGAGCAUGAGGAGGCGAAAGAGGACUACCUAACAGCGCUGCGAGAGCUGUCGCAAGCAUACGAAGCCUCGUCCCCAGAGGGCCCCUUCUUCUUUGGGCCCUGUAUAAGCCUGGUCGACAUCGCGCUCGCCCCCUGGGUGCCCCUGCGCGACUUCGUCCUCGAGCAUUACAAGACCUUCUCCAUCCCAUGGGACGAUCCCCAGCUGAAACGGCUGGCGGCGUACAAAUCGGCGGUCGACAACAGUCCGAGCGUCCGGAAAACGCUCGCGGACCCGGAAAAGCUGCUCGGGACGUACGAACGGUACGCGAAGAACACGGCGACGUCCGAGGUCGCAAAGGCGGUCAACGCGAAGAAGGGGCUGCCCUAGGCGCGGCGCAGUCGCCUCGUAUAUCUGGAGUGGCGUGUUUGAGUUUCUACACAUUAUAAUGAAGCACAGUACAUAGCUUACUAGGUGGUUCUGGUAAUGUAGCACGUAGUGUAGGCUACAAGGCUAGGAUCAGGAGCGACUGACCAUGUCGCUUGUACAUUGCACGUGAAGGUGAAGAUUGGGCACGGGUACGCGUGCCACGACGAGAAUCAAAUCAGCGUUUUGAGGAUUUUGGCUUUGCAGUAACGAACUGUACAUAGGCGCUUGUUUGCUGCAGGGCAUACACUGAACUGUAGGAUUCGAUUAGAGAACGGUUCAAGCUCGCGGUCUCGACAAUCAUAGUCGUGAUCUUCUGAUAGUAACCUUGGGAAAGCGCAAAGGGUCUACGGUGCGUAUCUUACAGAGUGUUCGUCUGCAUGUCCUGUGAUCUGCGC